GGGUAAUCCUCAGCGCCGGAGAUAUACCCACUCUAGUGUAUAGUUCAGUAGAUAUACCACCGAGGUAACGUGCUGUGAUUGUCCGUGGAUAAACUACUGGAGACAGAAUGAGCUGUUCAUCCACACGAUGACUGAGUUUAAUGCCUUUUUUCACCAGUGCAGCUCCCAGACCAGCAGCAGAUGUUCAACUGGUAGUAGAGGCAAGAUGGGCAGGAUAUGUGCAGUGAAAGACUGUGGGAAUAGCACAUAAUCUAUUGAGAUAUGGAAGCAGAGAGUGUGUGGACUACACGACUGCAGGUUUGCAUCUGGGGAUUGUGAUUGCCCAAGGCCAUUUCAGCUAUUCCCAUUCCCAACUGAGCCAGGCAGGAGAUCAGAAUGGACAAAGUUGGUGAACAGAAAGCAGCUGGGCUCUGGCUAUGUAAAGAAGUGGACACCCAACAAGAAUUCUCGUGUCUGCAGUGUACACUUCACUGAUGGGAAGCCCACAGAAAUGCACCCAAACCCAACACUUCAACUUGGCUAUAAGCUAAAGCAGAUUGAGUGGUGCUGUGACUGGGAGGAGUCGGCCUCGCUCCUUGUGAUAUAGGAGUAUCUUAUGCUCCACAUAUAUAAUGUCACCAUCCCGCUACCAAUUCAAGUACGCAAGGCUCCCUUCCCGAAGAGAAGACCACAAAGAUUGUGCGUCUCUGCAACCCUAGCUUGCUGGAUAAUCACGUGCCAUUAGUUGUGGUAGGAGACAACUGCUUAUUCUGUGCUGUGAGCAGAGCACUAUAUGGACUCAAGGAUCUGCUGCUCUGGCUUUUGACUGUUGGAAAUUCUCAACACCACUUUUUAUGACAAAAGGCAAACGGAGAGCAAGCAGCUAGUCUUUCGACAGAAUUACGAGACACAUUUGCAUAUUAAACAAUUUCAUGGAUCUCACACAGUUUUUCACACUCAGUACCGUGAUCGGAAGACCAGACCAGCACCCUUCAUCAGCAGACAUAAUGGCGCCUUGGAAUCAUCGUGUCUGUGGUAGAGGUGUGCAUAGCAGGAUGGAUGCUAUCAAAAUUAUGUGGGCUGCUAAGGAGGUCCCAGACACUGCAAAUAACUUGGCGCUGUUUCCUACUAUGCAUGCCCUGCCUCCUAUUGUUGACCUGAUGUCUGAGCAGCCAGUACAGCGAGCAAACGGUGGGAAGUUGAAAGGGAGAGGCAAAGUCCCAGCCGGCAAAGCACACAAAAUUUCGACGCUUGACGUGUCAAAAUCACUCUAUCGCAAAUCGAUCCACGUCAGAUCAUCUGCAGUAUGGGGCUUCCCUGCAGAGGGCGUUGACCUCCCAGGUAAAGUCAAUCUCAAAACUGAUGAAAUCCUCAAUUACCUUCGCUCGAGUGCUGUCCCUCUGGCCAAAAUUCCGCCCGGUCGCAAGGAAAAUUGUUAUUUUCUAAUUGACAAUUCCAUGAAUGUGGAACGAAGGAAUUCCGGUAAAAGCUGUUAUUUCACAGAUGAUUGUGGAGCAUGGGUCUCUGGCGCCACCUCUGGAGUUACCCACUACUUACAAGACAGUAACGGUCAUCUUUCAGUGAUUUUCCGAAAAGAUGAUUUGUAUUGUAGGCGCAAACAAGAGAUGUGGAAGUAUACAUAUAUCCCACUCGAACCACAGCCACAUUCAGAUUCUGUUGUCAUUAUUUACAGAGUGAUAAAAAGCUCAAGCAAAUCCUGACUACAAACGCGUUGUAACCUGGUUUACUGGUGUAGAUGCAAGACCCAUGGCCUGCGUAGAAUAUACUGGCAAGUAUCCUGAUGCCGCUAAGCCACAUGGCAACAGCAAGCCUGACGACAAAUUCCCUUAUGUCAGAACUGACCCUGCUGUGCUCGAAAGAAUUGCGAAUGCAGAUGCAAAGCUUGGACCGAACGAAUUGUACGACCUUAUGACCAGGGACACCGACAUGCAGGCUGUUCCCCGUGACCCUAAGCAAAUAAAGAACAAGAGAUAUUAUGAAAAAAGAAAGCAGAAAAUGCAGUCAACAAGUGACACUCUGGUUAAAAUUAAUCAUGGGACUCACUCCGACGACGACAUGCAGCAGUUGUUUAGCCUGAUAGGUUCCCACCCGUUUGUACAGGGCAUUUGCGGUGUAGUCGGAAGCACUCCUGCUGUGAUCCUGUACACAGAAGAGCAGCUCCACGACUUGCGCCGUUUUUGCUUUUCCAAAUCUGUUGCAGAGAAUACCGUCCUGGGCAUUGAUAAAAUACUCAAUUUGACAAAUUUCUGUGUGACCACCACUUCCUUCAAAAAUCUGGCUCUGAUUCGCCGAACAACCCGCGACCACCCAAUAUUCAUGGGACCCAUGUUCAUUCAUGGCAACUCUACACAGACUGAUUUCACUCAGUUUUUCUCCCACCUAAAUUCUAAGUUGUGUGACAGUCCAUCCCCACCAGUUGUUGGGAUAAAUGAGGAAGCAGCUCUAAGGAAUGCUAUUGCAAACUGCAUUCCUGGAGUUGGCUUGCUCACUUGUCACAGGAAUCUGUGUGACCAUGCCCAAAGAGCAUUACAUCACAUUUCCACAGCGUCCACACAGAGGAUGAUCAUACGCAGUAUCUUUGGAAGUGAGGGUCUUACAUCUUUUACCGAUGAGGUUGCAUUUGAAACCAAGAAGGGUAAAAUUCGUUGCUUAAUUGAGAGAGACUGCCCAGAUUUCCUGCCGUAUUUCGAAAACAACUUGUGCCCUAAAUUGGAGCACAACAGAAGUCUGAUUGAAAGGAACCCUUUCGUCACACCAACUUGGGCCAACAACAACUCUAAGUCUAUCAGAUUUGUCAUCAAAAACAGGGUGAAAUGUAAAGCUGGACCAGUGAUCGAACUAAUUGAUCAUUUACAUGACCUGGUUCAAUCACAGUACAGGGAAUGUGAGAGAGCUUUUUUGUGCACAGGAAAAUUCUCUUUAGCUCAAGACUUCCAAUCAUUCAAAGUUCCAGCACACGUUUGGAUGAAUAUGUCUCAAGAUCAUCAAAAGAGACACCUGACCAAAUUUCUGAAGAAGCACAAACCUUUAAAUGCAAACAACCUACCUUCUGUGGAUGACCAGCUGCUGAUUCAGAAAUCAACAGCCAGUAGCACAAAAUUGGGCCAAAAGAAAAGGAAACGAAACGCCUGCACUCAAACAACUUCAAAAAAAUUAAAAUUCGAAACCUAAUGAUUUCUUCCUCUGGUCUACUUACUGUGGAAAUUUUCGGUGAAUGCGAGCCACUUUUCCACUGGUCACUGAAUUUGCUUCUUAAAUGUUCAGUCAGUUGACUUUCUGAGACUUGGAAGUAAUUAAAGUAUUUAGACUUGAAUCUGUUUUUUUUUCUCCUUAGUGAAGGGUCUAUACAUUUUUAACUCCUUAUUUGGGUGAUUCUUUAACUACGGGCACUAUUGGCCUUGUAAAUGUAAUUUCCACCACACCAUUGCCUUACAAUAUAAAGUGCCUUGGGGCAACUGUUUGUUGUGAUUUGGCG